AUGGACGUGCUCCGCGAUCGCGGCUUCAUCAACUACUUUGGCAUGCAGCGCUUCGGUACCGGUGCGAUCCCCACGCACCACAUCGGCAUCCUCAUCCUCAAGAACGACUUCAAGUCCGCCAUCGACUUGCUGUUCGAGCCGCGCACCGCCUCGAGCGCAGACGCCGACGACGGCGACUCGCUGGACUUGCUCAGAGCGAAACAGCUUUAUCGCGAUGGAGAGCUAGACAAGGCGUACUAUGCCAUUCCGAAGAACUGUGUUGCCGAGAAACACAUUUUGGACAAGAUGCGCAGUGCCAAGUGGAACAAGGGCGAUUGGACGGGGGCGUUUAGCAAUGUGCCAAGGACGCUGAGGUUGAUGUACGUGCAUGCGUACCAGUCCUAUGUAUGGAAUCGGCUGGUAUCGGAGAGAAUCGCGCGGUUUGGCAGCUCCCAGGCGGUGGAGGGGGAUCUCGUAUUUGCCGACCAGAGCGAGGACGAUGUCUGGCAGUCUGAGGGGGCCGAGGAAGUCGCGGGAGGCGAUGCCGGAAAGAACGGCAACGACGAUGGCGACGACGACGACGACGACGACCUGCGCAACGGCGGCGGCGGCGGAGGCGGCAAAGCGGGGCCCCUCGCCACCUGGCAGCGUCCGAUCAAGACCCUCACAGCCUCCGACAUCACCACCUCGCACCACUCCAUCUACGACGUCAUCCUCCCGCUCCCCGGCGCAUCCAUCGAUCUGCCCCCAGGCUGGAUGUCGGACCUCUACACCUCGAUCCUCGCCACUGACUCGCUCACCCAUGCACAGCUCACCUCCUCCCGAAUGCCCGAGUACCAGCUCAACGGCUCGUACCGCCGCAUGCUCGUCAAACCACGCGCUUUCGACUACCGCAUCACCACCUACACCGACCCGGACCUCCCGCUCACCCACACCGACGAAGAAGUCUGCCUCGACCCCAGCCUCUCCCCCGCCCCCGCCUCUCAACCCGAAUCCUCGGACGCCGAUCCCAAGUUCACAGCACUGACACUCAAGUUCCAACUUCCCUCUUCAUCCUACGCCACCAUGCUGAUGCGAGAAGCGCUCAAAUCCGACACUUCGAGCUUCAAGCAUCGUCAGAUGACACAGAAGAGCGAAGAUCAGCACUUCAAGCGCUCGACCAAAGCCUGA